AUGCCGAUUUCUAGAAUUGCUGUUGGAAAUACCUCGGAGUUUAGCCAGGUCGACGCGCUUAAGGCUGCUCUUGCUGAGUUCAUCUCAAUGCUCAUCUUUGUUUUUGCCGGGGAAGGCUCUGGCAUGGCUUUUAAUAAGCUGACAAACAAUGGUUCAGCAACACCGGCAGGGUUAGUGGCAGCGUCACUGUCACAUGCCUUUGCACUUUUUGUUGCUGUCUCAGUUGGUGCAAACAUUUCUGGUGGUCAUGUGAACCCUGCUGUCACCUUUGGUGCCUUUCUUGGAGGCCACAUUACUCUCUUCAGAAGCAUUUUGUAUUGGAUUGCUCAGUUGCUUGGCUCUGUGGCUGCUUGCUUGCUCCUUAAAUUUGCCACUGGUGGAAUGGAAACAUCUGCAUUUGCACUGUCUUCUGGUGUUGGAGCUGGAAACGCUCUAGUGUUUGAGAUUGUGAUGACUUUUGGUUUGGUUUACACGGUGUACGCAACUGCAGUGGAUCCAAAGAAGGGUGACAUUGGGAUAAUUGCUCCAAUUGCCAUUGGUUUCAUAGUUGGUGCUAACAUCUUGGCUGGUGGUGCAUUUGAUGGUGCAUCUAUGAACCCUGCAGUCUCUUUUGGGCCUGCUGUUGUCAGUUGGACUUGGGCUAACCAUUGGGUUUAUUGGGUCGGCCCAUUCUCUGGUGCUGCCAUUGCUGCUGUUCUUUACCAGAUUUUGUUCAUCGCCCCAAACACUCAUCAACAGCUCCCCGUCACUGAUUAUUAG